UACCUUUUCGUCCUUAUAUUUUCCGAUCAAAACAAACUCAGAACGAACACGUUUUCGUUCGUUGCAUUCUAGCCAAAACUAUUAGUUUGCUAAAUUUGGUACUGCUGUUUGUAAAUUCCUCUGCCGCACCGAACUGCAAACUUUCAGAAAAGUUGGACUCUUUUGAAGAGUUUUGUGGUGCAAAUAUAAACUAGAUUCAAGUUUUGUGCUCUAUUUUGGAUUUAAGUGAAUUUUUGUGACAAGUGAUGUGUUUAUAAACAUUGCAGGGUUGAACAUUCUACCACCUGAUAUGUCCCUAAAUUAACUUUUGUGAUAUUUUGGUCCACGGGUGUGUCCAGACAUUUUGCCAGGAUAUUUUCAAAAUGAAGGGGGUCAUUUUUGGGGUUAUGUUCUGGACGCUUUUGGCGGCAGUGAUAUCCGAACCAGAAGAUCCUGUGAAGGGAAAAAUUAAGAUUUUGAAGUGUUGUCACUACAGAGAGGAAUUGGUGAAAGAAAGUGAAAAUGAAAUUCCAAGAUGCGUUUCGACAACGAAUAUGUGGACCCCAUUUAUUUACUCCCCGAAGAAGAGGAGUGUGUUAUCACAAAUCCCGAACGAGUGGGAAGUUCAAGAGGCGCGAAAACCCAAAUGUGCGGAUUCACAGGUGUUGACUUUUUUGCCUUACAGUGCGUAUAAUCCCUUUAUUUUAAUGGACACGGGAGAAGCUGUUUUGGAAUCCGGGUCCGGUAGACACUUAAAUCCUGAAGAAUAUUGUGCGGAUGCGAACGCGUUACUUGUGUGUGUAGUGAAGACAAACGAUAGCCAGAGAGCAGCUUCCACUAUGAGGCCGAGUAUUCGUCGAUGUUGUGGUCCGAAUGCUGCCUAUGAUGAAAACAGGAGAACUUGUAUCGAAUCACCAGAAGAUGAAAAUGCUCCUCCCCUACUUCCUAACAUUUCCUCUUCAAUAGAGAUAAAGUCAGGAUUUCCUCCAUGCCCAAAAUCGAGCAAUUUCACGAUAGCUGGCGAUGUGAUGGACGCUACACUCGAACCCGAUGGCAGUUUGCUUUUGAGAAAAGGACAGCAUCUGUCACCGGAAAAGUUUUGUGUGGAAAAAAUCAAGGAAACCAAGCACGUGGUCAAGAUUUUCGCCUGCUUGGAGGAGGACCUCACACAAAAAACGGCGAUCUCAAAGAAUGACAUCAGGUUCACCUUGUAUCCCCUCGGCUUCAUCGUCAGUGCAAUCUUCUUGGCAGCAACAUUGGCGGCAGGAUGGCUGUUACCAGCUUCUCACCACGUUCUCCAUUGGCGAUGCCAGACUCAUCACGUUGCUUGCCUGAUGGUCGGUGAUCUCUUCAUGGCUAUCAUACAGCUCGCCGGGGACUCCCUCGAGGGUGAACUCUGCAAGGCACUCGCCAUCAUGGCGCACUUCUCAUUCUUGGCUGCGUUCUUCUGGCUGAAUACCAUGUGCUUCAACAUCUGGUGGACAUUUAGGGAUUUGAGACCCGCAAGUUUGGAAAAGGGCCAGGAGACUUUAAGACUAAGAGUCUAUGCGGCUUACGCCUGGGGCGGACCCCUUCUAGUUGCAGGAUUGGCAGCUGUUCUGGACCAUCUUCCCGCGAAUCCUACAUCCACCUUCCUCAGACCACGUUUCGGUGAAAAACGGUGCUGGUUCUAUGGCGAUAUGGAAAUUUUGGCCUAUUUCUUCGGACCAGUGGGGGUUCUGCUCGCAAUCAAUCUCCUGUUUUUCGCUGCAACGGCGAGAGAGUUGACGUGCGGGUUAUGGAAGGGCGAAUUUGUGAAAAGCACCACAGAACGAUCUCCUACAAAUUUGCGUUACAGAGCCGCCUUGGGCCGAGUCUGCAUGAAGCUGGUGGUCGUGAUGGGAGUGACCUGGGUCCUAGACGUAAUCUCCUGGGCAGUGGGUGGUCCAGAAUACGUGUGGUACGUGACGGACGUGAUCAACGCGUUCCAGGGUGUCUUCAUAUUCAUCGUAGUUGGCUGUCAGCCUCAAGUGAGGGCUGCCUUGAAGAGGAUCUGCAACAGGAACCCUAGGACCAACGCCGGAAGGCAGGGCAACGGCCUUAGCACCACGAGCCAUGGAAUGCCAAGUAUGGGUGACAGCGUUACGCAAAAUCCGAGCACCAAGACAGCGCCUCUAGAAACAAUCUGCUAGAAACCUACCAAAACCUCCACUCCUUCGGGUCCCUCAUGACUGAGGAAAGUCACCAAAACGAGCUUUGAAAUCGGCCACAACGCCCUUUCUUCAAAACCAACUCGUUGUCCUGCCAAAAUCUGGUCGACAGUUUCCACAGCGCAGGAAAAAUGAUCAAAAGAUACUGGUGGAGAAGCUUUGGUUGCGAAACCAAAUUUUAUUAACUCUGGUCUGAAUUGUUUUUAUAGAAACAUUCAAUUUUUUACAAAAGAGAACUUUCGACGUUUUUCAGUAGGUAGUCUCACUAUUUUAAAUUGAGUUUUGUGGAAAGAGUGGGAUAUAUCAAGAGGUUGAUGGAUCACAUCCGGCUCGAAGGACCACAUUUUGGUCAGAUCUAUGAUUAUCGUAUUAUUUCCUCAAGUACUCGAUUUCAAAUAAACCUGAGGCUUAACACUAGGAUUUUCUAAUUCGCUAUAUUUAAGAUUUUCUAAAAGUAGCUCUGGAAAUAGUCGAAAUUUUGUAAUGAUUUUUUUAAACCGAAAAUUAGGGAUAAGCUAUUCAUCUGCCAGAGUUGGAAAUUGAUGGAGGAUAAAAGUAUUCUGUGUGAAUCGAUUGUGCGAUGCGGGAUCGGAAUUUCUUCGGGAAAAUUGCUUGACUCCUUAAUUGCGGACUGCAAAUACGUAAAUCGCGUAGGUACUCUCUUUAUUUAUGCGUCAGGUGUGUCCGAAUUUGUGAGAUCCCGAUAUCCUUUAGCAUGCAUUUGCAUAAGCGUCGCGCCUCACACAAUUGCACUCACGAUUUGCAUAUUUAUAGCGCAGAAGAGAGAAAGACAAUGAGAGAAUGCGUGUUCUAUCGUGAUGGUCGCUCACGGUCGCCCACGUUGAUAUUCGAGACCAGUGACGCGCGUGCGAUUAAAAAUCGCGAUCAUCGAUAUCAAAUUGGUGUUCAUUCUUUUUUAGAGCUGCACAUUUUCAAACUUUCAGACAGAAAAAAAAGACCGUUAUACUUUGCCAGAAUCAUUUAUUGCUUUAACUAAAUAUUUUCCAAAUAUAACUAGAGGAAAAGGAACUAAAGGUUUGUUCAGGGUGAUUUCAAGAAAUACUAUUUUCGAAUCUGAUGACGCGCACUAGCCUAAAAUGUACCUACUUAUUCAACAUAUUUUUCGAAAAGAAAAAUUGAAAAUCGGAUAUGAUUUAGAGGUCUUUUUAGUUGAUUUUUUUGUAUAUUUUCAAUAUCUUGAAAAUCAAUCUUA